AUGGCAGAAGUGGAGAUGCAGUUAAAUCGGACUUUAUCACCUGUAAAACAAUAUGGAAAUAUAUACAGCUUGUGGUUUGGGCAACAGUUUAUGAUAAUACUGUCUGGAUUCAAAGCAGUGAAAGAAGGAAUGGCCAGCUUCCCAGAAGAAUUCUCAUACCGAGUAGAGGAUGCUUUCUUGAAUGAGUUAGGGAAAGGAAGGGGAAUUAUUUUUUCCAAUGGCCACACCUGGAAACAGCAGAGACACAUUGGCAUCACUUCUCUGCGGAAGCUGGGCCUGGGGAAGAAAAGCAUUGAGCAUCAGAUAGAAGACGUAGCUCAGAAGUUGGUGGACAUCUUUAGACAAACAAAAGGGCAGCCAUUUGACCCUUCAUUUUCAGUACUAAAUACAGUUUCUAAUGUCAUAUGUGCAUUGAGUUUUGGUCAUCAGUUUGAACCUGAAGAUGAAAACUUCCAGAAGCUGGUUCAAGCUCUUCAAAUUACUUUGAAAUUCAUUGGUGACACUUUUCAUGUGAUCUAUACUUUGUUCCCCAGAUUAAUGAAGUAUCUUCCAGGCCCUCACAAGAAAGCCCUGGCUUCGGUGGAUAUUAUCCUUGCGUUUGCAAAGCAGGAAAUAGAGAAACACAAGGAAUCUCACUCUCUGCACGAGCCUCAAGAUUUCAUCGAUUACUAUCUUCUUCGGAUGGAGAAGAGCAGGAAUGACCCCGAUUCUACCUACGAUGAAGAGAACCUGGCUCAGUGUAUUUUUGAUUUUUUUUCUGCUGGGACAGACACAACCUUUGCUACUCUGCAGUGGGCCCUGCUCCUCUUGACCAAUCAUCCCGACAUCCAAGAGAAAAUCCAGAAAGAGAUUGAAGAUGUGUUUGGCUUAUCGGGGUCAAUUUCCUAUCAGGAUAAGAAGAAGCUGCCCUACACCAAUGCCGUGAUUCAUGAAAUGCAACGUGUAAAAUACGUCUUGCUAUAUGGGAUUGCCAGGCAAAGUACAAAGGAUGUGAAGAUGGGGGGUUACCACAUGCCAAAGGGGACCAUUAUCAUCCCAGACCUGCGCUCUGUUCUUCUUGACCCUGAACAAUGGGAGACACCUGAAAAAUUCAAUCCAAAUCACUUUUUAGACAAGGAUGGGAAGUUCAUUGAACGAGAAGAGUUUCUGCCCUUCGGAAUAGGUGUGCGUGCAUGUGUGGGACAGCAGCUGGCAAGAAUUGAGAUCUUCAUCUUUCUGACCAGCCUGUUGAGGGCCUUCAGCUUCUGGUUGCCUGAAAGAGCGAAAGAACUCAAUGAAGCAUCUAUUGCAAAGAUGAUAAUGCAUCCACAUCCUUACAAAUUGUGUGCUAUUCCCACGCAGGCUUAA